AUGACCAAAAGACCAUUUGGGUAUAAGGGCAAUAGGGUUAAAGAGGUUCUUGAACUUGUGCAUAGUGAUGUUUAUAGUCCCAUGAACAUCAAGGAAAGAGGAGGGUAUGAAUAUUACGUCACUAUUAUCGACGAUUACUCAAGAUAUGGAUAUGUGUACCCGAUGCACCAUAAAAGUGAAACUUUUGAGAAAUUCAGGGAGUUUCGGGCUGAAGUGAAAAAGCAAUUGGCACAUGUCCUGGACAAGGAAGUGAACAAGUUAGAAGCAAGUUCAGAAGUGUACAUUUUUGUAGGUUAUCCGAGAGGGACAAAAAUGGGUUAUUUCUAUAACCCCAAGGAAAAUAUAGUCAUGGUUUCAAUGAAUGCAACAUUCCUUGAUGAAAGUUACAUGAACGACUUUAUGCCUUGUAGCAAAGUGGUGCUUGAUGAAAUGUUGAGUGACUUGGUCAUACUGACAGUUCCUUUGGAAACUAAUCGAAUCAGGGUAGAAAAGAAAACCCAACAACAACCUAAGGGGCUUCAGCGUAGUGGGAAGAUUAGACAUGAACCUGAGAGAUUCAUGGCUAAUAGGGAGACCUUUUUGGCAGAAUCUUUAGAACAUGGCAAAGAUCCUUAUACUUACAAAGAAGCUAUGGAGGAUGUUGAUGCAAACCUCUGGACAUGA